CGUUGCUUCCGCUUAAAAAAAAAAGAAAACAUGGCCGAGUCAGCCACCGAGUCAACCUCCGACUCAUCCACUAAGCCCGAUCAAUCCGCCACAGAUGCUAUUUCAAGCCCUCCUCAAUCUCACCAUGUCUUCCCCGAGAUCCCAAUCGAGAUCGUCAGUGAAGAAGAAAUGGCUAUCAUCGAUGCAGCUCUUGCAGCCACCCGAUCCAUCCUCCCUUGUGCGAUCCGUUCCGCUUCUCCGUCACGAAUAAUCUCCGGCGGAAGCCCAAAAACAACCAUCCGUUCGAUUACUCUCUUUACCAAGAGGAAACUCUCCGCAGCUUGUUCGGCGGAUAUCGAAGACUCUUAUCUCCGUCGAUUUAGGAGAAAUCAAGCUUUAGGUGUCACAGAUCUCACCGGCACUGAAUGGUGUGAGAAACAAAUGGAGAAUGUUCUCUGUUUUGGCAGGAGAAAAGUUAGUAAAGCCAUGAAAGCUGGCCAGGCUCGUCAUUUGCAGCUUGAAGAAGAGGUAGUUAGAAAGGUGAGAGUAAGAGUUGAAUCAAAUGAAGAUAAGUGGGCAUUGAAGCUGUUGAAUUCUAUUGCGGGUGUUAAUCAAUUCUUGUUUGAAGGACGAACUCGUGAAUUGCUACUCCUAGGAUUUGUUGGAGGUCAAUGGAUUGUGGGAAUUAUUGACGAGCUUAGAAACGCGUACGCACAAGAGUCUUCUGAUACGGGACCAAUAUUGAUAGAUACAAAGACUCGACUCCGUGAUACACUCCCAGCUGAGCCACAGAGGAGGAAUGGAAGGCUUCAGCUAAUGCUUUAUAAGCUUUUAUGGGACACUGUUGUGAAAGAAGGGUUCCCGACAGGACCCUUUUUCGACUACUUCUCUUUGAAUCGCCAUUAUGUCUUAUCCCAAGAUGUGAGAGAUCACAUUGCUAACGCAGGUAUCCAAGCUCAGACACUUGAAGAGAUAGUUAGGUACUAUGAAAACACUUUUAAGAUGCUUCCGGUAGCAAACGAACAAUUACUACUAAAGUACGAGUUUCAGAAGGACCAAUCUAUAAUAGCUGAGAUAAGAUUCCAGCAUGAUCAUGAGUGGGUGAUGAGCAAAUAUAGAGAGAUCAUUGAGUUCUGGAGAAAUGAACGAGACUCUGAGUACACUCCUGAAGAAGAACGUUGGAAAUGUCGUUAUUGCCAAUUUGCUAAGUCUUGCCCUGGAAACCCGAAUUUCGAAUCUUCUCCCCCGACCUCGCCACCUAGAGAAGCUUCUCCUCCUUUACCAAGCUAAAGAGAAGACGAAAGGUUGAUUCUUUCACCAAAUGCUGCCAGCUAGGUUGCUAACGAUUGUUUUGUUUAAUUGUUGUAAUCAUUUGCAUAGUUGUUGCUUCUUCCCUUUUCUUUUUUAGUUCUUGCAUAGCGGUUAAGUAAUUAAACCGUGAUUUGGUUAGGCGUACCAUGAUUGAUUGGUACUGCCCCCCGUACUGCUAUGCCGCAAUUUGAUUAUGGCCAAUAGCAUACAUUAUGUAUAUAUCAUAUUAAUUUAAUACUUGUAAUGGAAUGUUUCGUGUUUUCUAAAUAUAUAUUUCGAUAGCAUUGA